AAUGCGUUUUACGAAAAAUUCGUCUAGCGAAUCGCGGUUUCCCAUAGGAAUGCAUUGAAAUUCAAUUAAUGCGUUCCUAUGGGCAAAAAAAAAUUCAAUGCAUUCCUAUGGGAUUCGCUAGACGAAUUUUUCGUUAUAAGAAAAGACCUGUGGAACGAAUUAAAUUCGUCUAGCGAGGCACCACUGUACUGUGUGGUUGGAUGUGAUACGUUUAAGGUCUUAAACUUAAGAAAGACGCUGUAGUCUUUUUUUCAACUUUGGGCAUCCUGUAUGGUCAAGGAUGGAUGUCUCCAAAAUGCUCAAAUCUGAAUGUGCACUUCCCGGCUCAGUGGGCCAGUUCAGACAGUUUCCUAAGCCUAAUGUGGUUUAUUAUCCUGGUUUGUUUGAGCUAACUUGGAUUGGUUGGAGCAAACCGCAGUCCUUAAGAGUUGGCACUGCUUGGUGGGUGCUUUCACUUUCCUUGUAUGCAAAGGAGGAAGAGUGGGAAGUGGGAUUGCACAACCUGGGACUUUUUGCGACUCAUACCCUGAUCUUUCAGGAGUUUGGUCUGAAUCAGACCAAAGUCUCAACAGCUGCAGCUCAACAUCUGUCGGUAUUCUUAUUUUUCCUCUCUUGGUUUUCUUGCUCAUAUGACACUUUGUUCUGUAAGGGCCAGUGGUUUUUUCCAAGAAAAAUAGGUAGGUGCUUGAACUUACGAUGAUGUUGAUGUAGUAAAUCGCUAGGUGACUCGGGGUAGCCCUGAACAGAUGCCAGUUUGACAGCAACUGCGUUCACUGCCUGCAGAGGUGCUAAAAACUAUGGCAAUCUGUCUCCUUAGCUGAUUUGGGGGGUCGUCCCUAGUUCUUGUGCAGGUCAAAUGAAUGCGCCCCCGCCUCCUUAGAUUCAGACGGAUGGCUAGGGCCUGGCACAAACACGCAUGUGUGCAAUAGUAGAGACCUGGCUGGAAAGCUUAAGGAAAAGUGUACACCCACACACACUUGCCAGCUUCCGUUUUUACUUGAAAUGUCCAUUUUGGGCAUAAAGGCAAGAAAUGGGCAAGGGGAGAUGACGGCCCACCAUGGCACCCGUCAGAGAGGAGCCAGAACUGCACUCUGGCUGAAAAAAAAGCCCCAAUAAGGUCAGAUUGGGAAAUGUGUGAUCGCAGGCAUCCUUGCUACUGCCCUCCGUCUUGGAUGGGUGCAGCUCUGUUUCAUCCUGGUCCCGAAUUGCUGCCAGCUCCAGCAAUUCUGUGUGUGGUAGGAGGUAGAGGACACAGAAUUUGCCACGAACACCCUUCUCACUGUUCCAUUUUCCUUUGCACUCCCUGCUACUCCCUGGUUAGAUGUGAAGCUCAGCAAGGCACCAGAUCUGCUACAGCAGCCAGUAAGUGGGAAAUGGUCCUGGUGACACCAGAGUGGUUCAAACUCCUUGCCAAAGUACCAAAAGGUUUGUUCAAACCUGCCCUUGUCCUCUAUUCAUUCUGUUCAAAACAACUCUUGACACUUUUCUCUGGCCUCCCAAAAUAGCUGCUCAUUUACAGGAAAAGGAAUGAUGAUAUUCAGAGAUUGUGAUUCCUUUAAAAAUGUAUAAAUCACACUUUAUAUCAGGCAGGCAGUGACCCCUUGAAGUAUUGUACACUAUUUUGUUUUUUACAGUGAAUUCAUCUUUUUAACCGUCAAUAAAUACCAGCUGCCUUCUCUUCCAUCUCAAAUCCUUACAGGCAUGGACAGUUGAGUUCCCUUUGGUGUCUUGAAAGGAAAUUUCGGGACCAACCAUCAAAAUGGCUCAAAGAAUGAUAGGCCUUUGCAGCAUACAUUUUGUGAAAUGUUGAAAGAGACUGUGAAAACCAAGAAAUUGCUGUUAGCUCUUUUGGAGUGGAAGAAUGGGAAUACAAAAGGGAUAGAUUUCAAGAUCAAAACAGUUGAAUUGCAAGGAAAGAAGAUCAAACUGCAGAUAUGGGACACAGCAGGACAGGAACGGUUUCACACCAUCACCACCUCCUACUACCGAGGUGCCAUGGGAAUCAUGCUAGUGUAUGACAUCACCAAUGCCAAAAGCUUUGAAAACAUCAGCAAAUGGCUCAGAAACAUAGAUGAGCAUGCCAACGAAGAUGUGGAGAGGAUGCUGCUAGGUAACAAGUGCGACAUGGAUGACAAGAGGGUGGUGCCCAAAGCAAAAGGCGAACAGAUCGCAAGGGAGCACGGUAUUAGGUUUUUUGAAACUAGCGCAAAAGCAAAUAUUAACAUUGAGAAGGCAUUCCUCACGUUAGCAGAAGACAUUCUUCGAAAGACCCCUGUAAAAGAGCCCAACAGUGAAAAUGUAGAUAUCAGCAGUGGAGGUGGCGUGACGGGAUGGAAGAGCAAGUGCUGCUGAACGUGCUCCCCUCCUCGCCAAGCGCCAUCUUCUUCUUCCUCCUCCUCCUCCUCCUCCUCUUGCUGUGGAAUAAACCACUUUGCCCAUUUUUAACCUUAUAAAAAAAUUUUUUUUUUGUUUUUUUUUUUGUUCCUCAUCUUAACAUGGCUCCACUCUUCCUUUGUUCUUCUGUUUCGGGAGAACUCGCUGACGAUAAUUUUCUGGAAACUGUAUUAAAAUCAUGUCUGACUCUUUUCUUUUAAUGUACCAGCUCAACUUGGCGUCACAUCCUGGUUGUAUUAUAGCCCAAUCUUAACAUUAAAACUUAGAGCAAAUCAUUUCAGCUCCAGUCUGCAAAUUGUACAAGAAUAAAACUUAGCAUCAACUGUUUGUUUUGUACAGCAGAGGGGUUUUGUUAAUGAAUACUGUGCUUAAGUCACCAUGUUUGCAUUGGCAAAAAAAAAAAUCCAUUCGCCUUGAGUAUGUAAAUGGGGUUUUAUUAUUUUGUCCUGUGCCUUAUGUGGAAAGGAACUUUGGUUCCCCCCCUCCCCUUUUUCUUCUUCUUCUUCCCCUCUUCCUGCUCUGAUGGAAGCAGGACGGGAGAGUUGCCACCCACACUUGACUACGCCACAUUUAAACUAUCAAACUCUCCUGUGAUGACUUUACUGUGAUCGAUGUAGUGAAUUGAGGGCAAGGGGGGUUAGAGCAAGAGAUUCCAGUCUGCUUGGUGCCUCCUUCCCUGGGGAGGGGAAGGGGGGGGGCUUUAAAUGCUGACCAGUUCCUGCUGCCAUUUUCUUUCUCUCUAGCAAUUUCCUCCUUAUUUCCUCCCUCUCUUUCUCUCUCUCUCUCUCGCUUGCAUGCCGGUUUUAUUUUAUUUUUUUAUUUUAUGGUGUGAUGUGUUAAGAGGUGGCAAUACAGUACGUUUGCCAAAUUUAAUUCGAAGCACUGAUCACGGAUUCUAGCUUUCGGAGGUAAAACGUGAACUAUCUACUAACCUUUGUCUAGCAAACGUCAGGCCCGCUACUAUUCCCCCCCUCCCUCCCUCCCUCCUGCGUAGUUAUUGGGGUUUAUGGUAAUAAUGGAAGAAUUAAUUGCAUGCACUAGUUUUCUAUGGAGGAUGAUGAUGAUGAUGUGGCUGUUGUUGACCUUUAUGUAUGACUGUGCCAGGCGGUUCACAAAUCUACAGCCCUUGACACAGAAUUGGUUCUCUUUGCUGCUGCUCCAGGCAGGUGACUCGGUAGCCUAGUACAUAUUUAAGACGGGUGGGGGUGGGGGUGGGGGAAAGAGGGCAGGUGAGUCGAAUGGUCACACCCCUAGAAUGCUCUCCUUCUGUGUUUUGAGUUCUUCACAAUAAAAAACAUCCCUUGUUUACAACCCUGGGCAAUUGUAACUUCUUUCAACGGGUGCGGAAGAACGGCUGCGAGCAAACGCAGCACCUCGUCUUUUCCCUUUUCCUGUGGCACGAGCAAACGGGCACACGCUCUGCUCUUGGGGGGGCCCUUGGGGCCAGGACUUGCUUUUCCAGUUUGCUGCCUUGCCUCUCGCUCCGGCUCUGCUGCGACAGGGCAGCCGCCUGGAAAGCGCGGAGAGGAGGGGUGGCCUUUGCUUCGGACAGAGCCGGAGUCAGGACAAGAGCUGGUUUCUCUAGAGGCACGUGCUGAGCGGGGUGCCUUACUGGGACUGCCUUCUUCCCACCGCCAAGCCUGCCUGCAAACCCACCGCGGGAGGGGGCUCUUGCAGCACAGUCUCUCCUGCGGCCCCCUCCUCCGCCUCCUCUCCCCCCACCCCAUGGGUGCUCCAGAGGUUGGCUUGAGGGUGAACUUUUUUGCCCUUGUUUUUAGGAAACUUCCUCUACUAAUUAAAUCAGCUGGUGAUGCUGAUUUUAAUUUUAAUUAAAACCACACACACACACACACACACACACACACACACACGAAAGUGUUUGGAACUCUUGCCUUGCUCUGGUGUCACCUGCGUAGUAACUGUCCUUUCUCCUUCUCUCUCUCGCUUUCUCUCCUGUGUUGAGCAGUCUGUUUCUUCCCGUGCUUGUUAACCUCUCCCAGCUGAGUGGCUGUUGAAGCAAAGGCAAAAUAACUGGGUGACUUGAGGGGACAAAACAAAAAAACAGUGCAGUUUUUUGUUCCUUGCGUAAUGGUGUUAUUGAUUAGUGUUGUAAAUAGAAAAUGGCUGGCUACCUUCUCAGAGCUGCACUUUCUGACGUUAUCAAGAGAGAGAGAAAAGGGAAUGCGGAGUCUGCGUCGAAAUCCUUUUUGUAUAACCUUUGUUUAAAAACGUGCGCUUUUUUUAUUUGCUUCCUGGGCCUGGCCCUCCUGUAUGAGUCUCUUUGAGAUCCUUUGUAAAAGCUGUGUUCAUUAAGCACCAAGCAGUUAAAAAACAAAACAGUCCACUCUCUGGUACUACUAGCUAAAAAUUCAUAUUCUACUUAACAAGUUAAAUAAACUGAAAUAUUUCUA